UGACGAGCCGUUGUAUCUCGCUUUAAUAAAGAAUCGUGAAUCAUUAGUGAAGUUUGAAAAAAUAAUAUUAAUUUACGGCGCUGGAUUUUUAAUCGUUCUCUGUCUGCACUCUGCAUCGCGUUAAUUUAAAUUUUAAUACAACUCCACUACAACUGUAGCCUGUUCUGUCUGUAGAUCGGAUUGUUAGCUGUUGGGGACAGUUAAAUAGCAGCACGCCGGUGGACCAUCUUGCAUCCUAGCUUGGCAUUUCUGCAUUACAUCCAUAUGAGUAUGCCUGUUAAGCAAUCCGAAGGACUUGGUCACACAGAUCACAUGAUAAAAAAUGACAUUGACAACAGCAACAAUAAUAAUAACAUAAAUGACAACGAUGAUGAUGAUAGUUUGAAAAACUUAUCUAGCAAAACAAUGAGUAGAAGUGAUGCACACAGAGCCCUAGAGCUGCUUGAGGAGUACUACGGUCGCCUAAUUCGACCACAAGAUCAAAACUUGAGGCUGGCCAUUGAGAGAGUUAUCAGAAUUUUCAAGAGCAGACUUUUCCAGGCUCUGUUAGAUAUACAAGAAUUUUACGAAGUAACACUGCUUGAUGAUGAAAAGUCAGUUGAGCAGAAGACUGAUGAGACUCUUCUGGUGGCAUCAAGGUGGGAGGAGAAUCCACCCAUUGCCAGCAAUCGACCGCUUUCAAAUUGUCAUUCAGAUAAUUCGAAUGUCUCAUUCUGCAGAGAACAGCUCAAAGCCAACAUGACUACAGCAGCUACCAGCAGCAGCAGCAACAGACAACUUCAGACCUGGACCCUGUCCCUGUAUUACCAGUUUGUUUUUGAUGUUAUAUUAUUUUUUUGUUUUUGUGUCAAUGCCCUCUCCAAGUCACUUCACCAGCUCUCUCAGCAGCAACAACAAUUUCAACAACUGCAUUACCAGCAGAACAAUAAUACCCACCAACAGCAGCAGCAAAUACCGCAGCAGCAGCAGUAUCAAAGACAGCAUCAACCACCGCACCCUAUAACAUUGGACGAUUGGGAAUAUGAAACCAUCAACCUAGAUAGAGGUGGGACAGGAUUGGGCUUCAGUAUAUCAGGGGGUACAGAUAACCCCCACGUUGGGGACGACCCUGGCAUCUACAUCACUAAAAUCAUUGAAAAUCGGGCUGCCUCGAUUGAUGGCCGACUCAAGAUCAAUGAUAUGAUAGUCUCUGUCAAUGGGAUUUCCACAAUUGAUGUAACACAUGCAGAGGCCGUAGCGGCCCUCAAAAAAGCUGGAAAUUCCGUUUCAUUGGUUGUGAGAAGAAAGAAACUGAUGUCCUCAUCGUCUUCCUCGGCAGCUGCCCCUGACGAUAAUGUAAUUUUGUUGGAGCUCGUCAAGCGCAGUAAAGGGUUGGGAUUCAGCAUCGCCGGUGGAGUGGGAAACGAGCACAUCCCUGGCGAUGUGGGCAUCUACGUUACGAAGGUGAUUGACGGAGGAGCUGCACAGGUGGAUGGUCGACUACAAGUUGGAGAUAGACUUCUGGCUGUCAAUGAGGUGUCCUUGGACAAUGUGACCCAUGAAGAAGCGGUGGCUGCUCUUAAAGCCACCAGGGAGUAUGUGAGGUUGCUAAUUAGGAAGAGGCCAAGCUAUGAUGAUGGCAGUCAGCCCCUCACCCCUCUGAUGGGAAACUCUCCAAGGGUCAUGAGUUCCAUGCCCCACCUACCAAUGAACCACGUGACCUCUCCACAUCCUCACUCUCUACAGCAACAACCUCAGCAACAGCAAUCACUGAUAAACAACAACAGCACCAUGAGUCGUUUUGGAAACGUAAAUUCUAGCUACUCCAGUAUCAACUACAACCUUGGUCGGACCUUUUCCAGAGGUGAUGACGAGCAUGACGUGGGUCGAGAACCCAGAAAGGUCGUUAUGAAAAAAGGACCAAACGGCCUAGGGUUUAAUAUUGUCGGGGGUGAAGAUGGUGAAGGAAUUUUUGUAUCUUUUAUACUUCCUGGGGGUUCUGCAGAUCUGAGUGGUGGUCUCUAUAGAGGUGAUCAACUUCUUUCGGUAAAUGGCAUAGACAUAACAGGAGCCACCCACGAACAGGCUGCUGUAACCUUGAAGAGUGCCGGUGAUGUUGUGGAGGUCAUUGUCAUAUAUAAACCUGAAGAAUACAGUCGAUUUGAAGCAAAAAUCCACGAGUUGAGAGAGCAGAUGAUGAGUUGUGGCAACACUGGAAGUUUGAGGACCACUCAGAAGAAAAUGCUUUUUGUCAGGGCCCUGUUCGACUACGACCCAUCAAAGGACAGUGGCCUGCCAGGAAGGGGUCUCAUUUUCAAGUUUGGAGACAUCCUGCAUGUCACUAAUGCGAGCGAUGAUGAAUGGUGGCAGGCCAAAAAACUGACCGGAUAUCCCGGUGAUAGUGAGGAUAGCGGUGGUAUUGGUGGAGUCGGGUUGGGUAUAAUACCUAGUAAGAAGAGGGUUGAAAGAAAGGAAAGAUCUAGAAUGAAGAAUGUCAAGUUUAUUGGAAAAUCGGUAAGUUUUUUGUUUUUGUUUCUUGCUACUCUGCCGGCUGACAAGAACAAAAAAAAGAUUUUUGGCAAAAAGUUGUCGUUCACGAAGGUCAAGGACAGAAGCGGUAGCGAGGAUGCCCUCAGCGCUGAUGACUUGAGUGAUGAACCUAUUGCCUCGUACGAGCCCGUUGUCCAACAUGAAAUGAAAUUUCCACGCCCCGUUAUUAUUCUGGGCCCUCUGAAGGACCGUCUCAAUGACGACCUCAUCCUGGAAUUUCCGGACAAGUUCAGUAGCUGCAUUCCUCAUACGACUCGACCCAGGCGAGAGUACGAAGUUGACGGGAGAGAUUAUUAUUUCGUUGAGUCUCGUGAUCAAAUGGAGAAAGACAUCCAAAAUCAUAUGUUCAUUGAAGCUGGCCAGUACAAUGAUAACCUAUAUGGGACUAGCAUUAAAUCCGUUAGGGACGUUGCUGAAAGUGGCAAGCACUGCAUCUUGGACGUCAGUGGCAAUGCCAUCAAGCGACUGCAAGUGGCCGGUCUCUUCCCGAUCGCCCUCUUCAUCAAACCUAAAUCCUACGAAACCGUCAUGGAAUGGAACAAAAGGAUAACAGAGGAUCAGGCCAGGAAGACGUUUGAACAGACUCUCAAAAUUGAGCACGAAUUCGGGGAAUUAUUCACAGCCAUAGUAACAGGCGAUACUGGAGAUGAAGUGUAUCAAAAUGUAAAGGAGGUCAUUGCAGAGCAGUCUGGACCAAUAGCAUGGAUACCUUCGCAGGAUAUCUACCUCUGAUUGAGCAGCUAUUUUCUGAUUAGUUGAAGAACAAGUCGUGUCUGAUUGAUUGGUUGGUUGGCUAGCUGGGAGGAAGUUUACGUACGAUUGGCUGAGAAAAAAUUUUUCAUUAAGAUGGUCUGAGUUUCAAAUUGAUUAAUUGUAAACUCUGGUAGUGAUUACGUUUAAUUGCAUUUAUACACUAAUUAGAUCGCCAUCCUUUUUAUAC